GUGGCUGACAGCGCUUUAACGGCUCUUUUCACAGAAGCGACGGCCCUGGAGUACGAGACCUUCCAAAACACAGUAGGGAAUCUGACAACCACAGACAGAAAUACUGCAGAUUUUGUCUUCAUGAUGUGUUUGAGUCGGAAUGUCAUUGGUCGUCUUGGGAGUGCUACAAAUAAAGCGAAAAAUUUUUUUAGAAGAUAUAUUGGAUCGAAUUAUAUUCGAGAAAUGGCAGAAGCUGGUGGAGUGGUAAGGUUCAUGGAUUUGAUAAGGAAAUUGUUAACACCCUGUCCCCCCCCCUUGCCAAGGUUAGGAAGGGUACGCACCCUCUUUGCCUCCCCCUCCCCAGUAAAUACAUCACUUUUCCUGCCUCCUCUGCCAGUUCUUAUUUUUUGGCACACAUCAGUGACAUAUAUAGAUCAGUGAUUGGGAAGUUCUCCCUGAGCCUUAAAUCAAUUUGUAUGCAACCCACACCACCCCCCUCCCCCCACCUUUUAAAGUGAGCGGGGCAGUCCCUGUUCAUUGGUGUUCAUUGACACACUCGGUGUUUCAAAUGAUAUAAUCAUAGGCGUAUGGAGCUGAUGCAUUUCGGUCGGGGGGGGGGGGGGGCAGUUGAACGUUUACCCGAAUUUUUAUGGAGAGUUGUAAUGAAAUAACUAGAAUUUAACAUAUUUUCUGAUAAGUCUGCCCAAAUUCUCUUGAUCUUUCCUACCAUUUGCCCCAAAUUCCAUGGUUGGCCCUAACCGUUGGGGGCAGUUACCCCCCCCCCCCUGUCGUAUACGCCUAUGGAUAUAACGGAUUAUAUGAAAUGAAUUCUUUUGUUUAUUUUAGGCACAAUAUGUCCAGCAGUAG